AAACGGUGUUUCUGUGCUAAGCGGAAGGUAAGGAUUUCCACUUUCCCACUCACUUUCACUUUUGACGGUGGCUCGCAGAAGAUCACAGUCACGGCUCUCUCAGGGCACAACAUUUGAUCACUUACUUCCUCUUAUGCCUCGGUUUUGAAGCUUUUGCAUCCAUUUGGAAAGACCUCUCUAAAUACAAUCAGUAAAUCAUCUCGAUUCUCACUUGCCCACCGUCAUAGUUGUGGAAUCAAAAUUGCUUUACUUUGAUCUUUCCGAAAGUUGAGCUGCUAAUAAAAAGAAGAUGUCCAUUCUCUUCAAAAACAAAGCUUUGUCCUAUGUUGUGCGAUUCUUCCGAAGAACGAUCGAAUUGAUCACCCGAUUUGUCUUGUUCCUCAAGUACUGCGGCCGCGCGAAAAAGUUGGCUGACAUCGAAGAUCCUAUCCUGUUGGAACCCGCUUACAACUUAGCGGCGAAGAUUCGUAGAGGAGAGAUUCGAAGCUCAGAUGUGGUGAAAUCUUACAUCAGUCGAAUUGAAGCUGUGCAACCGUUGAUCAAUGCCUGCGUUGACAACAGAUUUGAGGAAGCCUUCGAAGAAGCCAAGAUGGUGGACGCUCUCAUCAGUUCGGGCAACAAGACCGUGGAAGAAAUGGAGAGGGAAACCCCUUUCUUGGGGGUUCCCUUCUCUGCGAAGGAAGCCGUGUCUGUGAAGGGCCUUUUUGCGACCGGCGGCGCCGUGUUUCGCAAAGGGUCCAAGGCGGAGGGCGACUGCGACGCGGUCCGGCUGUUCCGCGAGGCCGGAGGGAUACCCCUCGUGGUCACCAACACCAGCGAAAUGUGCUUGUGGUGGGAAACCUACAACAAGCUGCAUGGAAAGACCAAGAAUCCCUACGACACAACCCGCACACCUGGAGGAAGCAGUGGUGGUGAAUCUUCUCUUCUUACCGCAGCUGCUUCUGUAAUAGGUAUUGGAACUGAUUUGGGAGGAAGCAUUAGAAUCCCAGCUUUGUUCAGUGGAAUUUUCGGCCACAAGCCUUCAACUGGCGCUGUAUCCAGUGAGAAUCAAUAUCCGGUGGUCAAUGAAGGUGUUCGCCAAAUGAUCAGCACAGGACCCAUGUGCCGGUAUGCAGUUGAUCUGUUGCCCAUGAUGAAAGUGCUCUCCGGGGAUAAGAGACAAAUGCUCAGAUUGGACGAACCGGUGAAUGUGAAGAAAUUGCGAAUUUUUUACAUGGAAGAUGACGGUGGAUAUCCCUUCCGAACUCCAGUGUCGCGUGAAAUGAAAAAGGCAUUGAGGAAGGCUGUAAGGCAUUUCGAAACCAUCUGUGAAGUGAAACCCCAGAAGAUAUUCCAGGAAAAAUUACAGGACGCUGUGGAGACUUGGGUGUGCGUCGUCGAAGCUCUUAAUGACCAACAGCUGCGCAAUGAGAUCGUGGGCUAUCAGAAAAAGCUGAAUUUCACAAAGGAAGUCUUCAAAUCCAUGGCUGGCAAAUCCAAGCAUACAUUUCCAGUCAUCUGCUUGGCCAUACUCGACAAGUACAUUCGAAAUUUCGAUGUCAAACUGGCGGAACCUUUCUUCAAGCUACGGGAUGAACUCCUAGAAGAAUUCAACCAACUUUUAGGAGAAGAUGGCAUCUUCCUGUACCCCACGUAUCCAGAUGUAGCACCUUACCACAUGGAAAUGUUAUUCCGACCCUUCAAUAUCGGAUAUAGCGUCAUCUUCAAUAUUCUUGGUUUGCCAGUUACCCAAUGUCCUCUGGGCCUUGGUGACAAAGGACUUCCUUUAGGAAUGCAAAUCAUUGGUGCCAUGAAUCAGGAUAGGGUGACGAUGGCUGCUUCUGUAGAGCUAGAAAGGGUGCUCGGUGGUUGGAUCAGCCCGUGCGAUAUUAGAAAGUCAUCGAUCAAGUUAACGGAAGUUGUGUAAAACCUCCUAUUACUUCUCAAGACAAAGAACUUGGUAGCUCAUUUCUUUUAUCUACAUUCUACAAUCAGUAUGAUUUCAUUGUCAACCACCCAACGCAGUUUUCCAAAGAGAGGGAUUCUUAUACUAUAUACCGAUCUACUGUCAUGUCUCUUAAUUCAUAGCUGUGCUAUGCCAUGUUAUUUCGUAUAAUAUAUAUCUUAGACAAAGCAUAUUAACGCAAAAUAUCUAAGUGUCAACUGUUGAAGCCUAGGAAAUUACCACGAGUUUUAAGAUUUGAUUUAUCAAUGAAAAACAAUUUUAAUCAUGUGCCAACUGCAUUGACACAAGAAUAUGCAUUUAUUUAGUCACUCAUAAUUCAGAAACAUAAAUAUCGUUCUUCAGAUAUCGUCCGAUGUUUUAAAUGAUUCUUAAACAUUGCCUGUUUACAUGUUAUUCGAAACAAGAUCUCUCAUUUUUAUACUAUUUUAGUCUUUGUAGAAUUAUAUCAGUGUAGUUUAGUUUACUUAAAGAAUUCUCAUUAUUAAUUUAAUGGUGGUGUUUUGUGUUUAUUCAUUUUGGUGAUUACCAUUUUGGCUCUGAUUUUUAGGAGAAAUAUUACUGGAUUUUUGUACAUA